UCACAAACCGGAAGCAGAAUUUGUUUACCUCUCGAGACCCAGGCGGAGGAAUGAAGGGAGUUUUUAGGACUGAUUUUUUAACCUCCGGCGUCCAGCUGACGUCAUGACCUCAACCUAAGUUGUUUUUUCUUUCCAUGAACGCGGGAAGUUUCCGUAUUUAGCGCGAAAAUUCGGAUUUUUAAGCGCGUGUCCGCGCUCAGACAACAUGGACCUAAGCCUGGAGGAGGAGCUGUCCUGCCCCGUCUGCAGGGACAUCUUCAGGGACCCUGUCCUUCUGUCCUGUAGCCACAGCUUCUGCAGGGACUGCCUGCGUCAUUGGUGGAACCGGAAGCAGGUCCAGCAGUGUCCGGUGUGUAAGAGCGACUCGGGCCGUAAGGAGCCCACAUGCAACUUGGUGCUGAGGAACACCUGCGAGGCUUUCCUCCUGGAGCGGGACCGCGCCGCGGCGGAGUGUGAAGAUGUCUGCCAGCUUCACCAGGAGAAGCUGAAGCUGUUCUGCUUGGACCACCAGGAGCCCGCCUGCCUCAUCUGCAGGGACUCCACGCUGCACAGCAGCCACACCUUCAGGCCCAUCAAUGAGGUGGCUGAGGACCGCAGGCAGGAGCUGAAGACCUCCCUCACUCCUCUGCAGGACAAGCUGAAGCUCCUCAGAGAAGUCCGAGAAGACCUGGACCUGACAGCUGAGCACAUUCAUUCCCAGGCCCGGCACGCAGAGACCGCCAUCAGGGAUCAGUUCAGGAUCCUGCAGCAGUUUCUGCAGGAGGAGGAGGAGGCGAGGGUGGCUGCGGUGAAGGAGGAGGAGGAGCAGAAGAGUCGGAAGGUGCAGGAGAAGAUCCAGGCUCUUGAAGGAGACAUAGCUGCUCUUCAUGGCACAAUCGCUGCUGCAGAGAAGAAGCUGAGAUCUAAGGAUGCUUCCUUCCUGCAGAGCUUCUCCGCUGCAGCAGAAGUGGUCCGACAGUGCCCCCUGCUGGAAGACCCUCAGCCGGUUCCAGGAGCUCUGCUGGAUGUCACCAAACAUCUGGGCAACCUGGGCUUCAACAUCUGGAAGAAGAUCAGAGACACGGUGUCCUACACGCCCGUGGUCUUGGAUCCCAACACAGCCGGAGCGAGUCUCUCCGUGUCCCUGGAUCUCACCACGGUCAGGCGCGGACACGGACAGAGGCUCCCCAAAAACCCGGAGCGCUUCGACUCUAAGGGCGUGGUGGUGGGCUCCAAGGGCUUCACUGAAGGCAUCCACUACUGGACGGUGGAGGUGGGGGGCUGCGCCGCCUGGUUCGUCGGCAUUGCCGAGGAAUCCUUCAGGAGGAAGAACCCCACUAAGUUCAGCUCAGGGCUGUGGGCCGUCAGCUUUUCCAAGGACAAAUAUUCCUACUUCUCCCGAGGAGCUCCGCCCAGCUUCCACGCCAAGACGCAGCUGCAGGUCAUCCGGCUCCAUCUGGACAUGGACAGGGGCAAACUCUCCUUCAUCGACCUCAAGACUCUCAAGCAUAUCUGCACCUUCUCACACAGAUGGUCUGAGAAGAUGUUUCCCAUCUUUUACGUUGGAAGCCCCCAGCCGCUGAAGAUCCUCCCGGUGUCCGAGGGCAACGAUUCAGAUGAUGAUGAUGACAACCAGCACGCCGUUGAAGAUGAGGACAGGAGACAAGCUCACCCAGGAAAUGUGGACGAUCUGGAGGAGCUCUGACCCCUUAAAGGGGACCCUUGGUGGGACAGUUUUCCGUCUGUCUUAAGGGGCCCUGGCCCCCAUGACCCCCCCUGUUAUCAGUGUUACCUUGAAUCGGCUCAUGGCGCCAUUUUAUGCAACCAACAGUGUUUAAAACAAAGACAAGAGGAAAGAUUUGUUUACAGAUGUAGAUACGUUUAGGAAAACUAAUCCCGGUUCUGAUCCAGAUCAAAACUUGAUGUUUUUCAGAAUUUUCAAAUAAUAAAAGAUGUAUUAAACUGAAUCCAUAAGUAAAGUGGAUUGAAAAAUAAUGAAACCUUAUUAUUUGAUUUAAAAAUGUUCGUUGGAUUGUGCAGCGUAGAUUUCUUUAAACCCUGUUAAUCAGAAGGCUUUUUAUUUAAUUUUUUCAAAAAAUUACAUUAAGCUGGUUUAACUUUUCAGUAUUGCUCUAAAGAUCAGUAAAUAUUAGUGUCAUAAAAAUCCUUAAUUUCAAUCAGACAUCAUUUUAGAACAAAGCUGAAACGGAGCAGAUGAACAAUACUGACAUCUACUGGUUGAUGCGUAACACUGCAGUUGUCUUGUUGAAGAUAAUCAGGAUUUGGUCAAAUGGAUCCAAACCAACAUCUUUGCUUCGGAAAAAUAAAUUAGAAUGAAUUAUGUUUAAAAACUCCCAAUAAGUAUUUUUUUUUCUAUUUUUUUCCCCACUUUUUAUGUAUUUGGGGUCCUAAAGAAGGGAAUUUUAGAUUAGAUUAGAUUUUUUUUUUUUCUAAGAACAGUGUUUGAAAUCCGAGAGGUUUAAGCUUUUUGAGGUUUUUGGGCCUUGAUUUGCUCAGUAACUGGAUAAACUGGGACCUUAGUGGGAGCCCAGUGGUUUCCUCCAGCUGAGAGGAUGAAAUGGAGUAUUAGAUCUGGUUUCCGGUUCUAUGCUCCUCCUUUUAAUCUUAAACGCUGCUGCCAACCAGCUGGUAAACACCAGCUUUACUGGUUCUGACCCCAAAGCCAUAGAGAACCUUCGGGGUGGGAAUACUUUUCUAAUGGUGAGUGUUAACUGAACAACUGUUGUUUGGUUCUUGUUUUAUGAUUUCUACCAAAAUAUAAAAAAGGAAUAAAACAAAUAUCUGAGAG